AAUGUUAUAGGUUACCCACUAUAUGUAAUGUAGUUUGUGCAAUAUCUACCCUGUUUCAAGAUCGUGUCGUGGUGUGUGCAAAUUAGGUUGAAUUAGCUCGGAAAUGCAGUGAAAAGCUUUCUAAAAUGGCAUUGGUUGUAAAUUUAGGGAUAAAAAGUAUCCUUCCUUUUGCAAAAUGUUAUAUGAGAUCAGCGUUUACGUACAGUAUCUGUAGAUCAAGUACAAAAGUUACGACCUCGUCUGACAAUGUUCUAAACAAUCUAACAGAUUGGGAAACUCUAAAUAAAAAGAAGAAAAUCAGUAAAGCUAUGAAAGCUUACUUAGAAAGAGCAAGAGAACAUGACGAGUUUAUGAAAAAGCAAGAAAUGGAAUACACUAUUGGUAAAAGGCAUCUGGCUAACAUGAUGGGCGAAGAUCCUGAAAAUUUCACACAGAAAGAUGUGGAUAGAGCCAUUGAAUAUUUGUUUCCUAGUGGCAUAUACGACCCAGCUGCUCGCCCACUUAUGAAACCACCAGAGGAAAUAUUCCCAGCUAGGAAAGCUGCAGAAUUUGAUGAUGCAGGCAGACCACAUCAUUUUUUGUUCUACACAGGAAAGCCUAAUUUUUUUAAACUACUCUAUGAUGCAGUUGAAAAUAUACAGGAUUCAAUGAACUUUCAAGAUAAAGUUAUAAGAAAGAAAGCAACACCAGAUCCUAAUCAAUCACUGAGUUUGGGUAGUAGUUCAUGGCUAACGAAAGAACAAUUAGAGCAAGCAAUUGUAGAGAGCAUCACAGAUUUAGAAUAUGAUAAUUUUAAAGUAGUGAUGGAGAGAAUUAUAUCACUACCACAUGCAUACAGGCACAGAGAAUUCAUUGAGAAAUUUAGGAAGCCACUUGCGGCACAGAAGUUUGCUUUGGAAAUUCCGAAACCUAAUUAUGAUGACCAAGGCAGGGCUUUUGUAACUACAUAUGAAUGCUUGAGAAAGAAAGCUAGAGGUGAUGUAACUAUUCGGUCCCCUGGAACUGGUAAAAUUAGUAUAAAUGGCAAGGACAUAACCUAUUUUGAUGAUAUACAACCAAGAGAACAAGUUAUGUUUCCAUUACUUUUUACAAAUAUGCAAGAUCGUGUAGAUGUGGAAUGUAAUAUUGAGGGUGGUGGCCCCUCUGGUCAAGCUGGAGCAAUCCGAUGGGGAAUUGCAUGGGGGCUUCGCAGUUUUGUAGAUAAUGACAUGUUGGAGAAGAUGCAGGUGGCUGGGCUGCUGACUAGAGAUCAUAGACGACGUGAACGUAAGAAGCCUGGACAACCAGGAGCCAGGAAGAAGCCCACUUGGAAGAGGAGAUAAUUGGAUUAUUCAAUUCAAAAUAAAAUACAUUAGACUGUCCAUACUGUUUUAUUAAUAAAAGUUUGAAAAAAUUUCAUGAUUUUGGUAUGGAUUAACUUUUUUUCCUGUAACUUUUCUUCAUAGUCUUCUUUCUCCCACCAAUUUUCUUUUGGAACAUGUUAUUCUUUCUUUCUUUGUUAUAGAUGCGUUUUUUCAUGACUGAUUUUAACUCCCGUCUCUCUUUGGGUCCUUCACUCUGUAUAUCUUUACUAAAGAAGUCCAAUCCAUCUGAAAAUUUAAAUAAAGACUAGUUAGUCUAUACAAUUUUAUUAUUCUUAAGAUGUAAUGCAUCACUAAUUAAAUUUUUUCUUGUUAGUCUAUUCUAAUUACUCUAUAUCCUCAUAAGGCAACUAGGAGACAGAACCUUCAUAACUAAUAAGCAUCAAAAACAUUCUCAAAUAGGGCAGUCGAAAAAUCUGAUCUUAAGUUUUGGCCCAUAGAAUAUUGUUUAUUUUUUUUACUAAAUUGAGUUAUUCCAGCCACUAAAUGGAUCCAGUGCCAAUUAUUAAUUUUUAAUUCCAUUUCAUCCAUUGUAAUAAAUUUCACUAUUCUGUCUGUGAUCCCACCAAUUAUUAUAAAUAAGUACAAGUCAAUUGAAAAACAGUUGAAUAUAAUCAUCCCGUUUUAUACAUAUGCCAUUUUUAACUAUUACCAAAACAAGAAAAGGUACAGCCUAGGAAACAAAUCUGCAGAAGUUUUGUUUAUCACAUUAUUUCAAUUUGUAAACAAGUACCUACCUACGUCAGUACAUACCAAUGUUUGCCCAGUGCAAACAUUACUUAAUAAGAGUUAUAGAAAGAAAAGAAAGAGCAAGAAAAAGCACAGACAAUAUGUUGCAGCCAGCACCCAAUUUUUUUCAGAAAAGAAAAAUGGAGUGCCUAUAAAUAUCACCUUUCUGAUUUGAGUCUUUUUGAUUUCAGUUCUAAAAAAAGUCAAAUAUAAAAUAAUUUACGAAAUAUCUGAUCCCUUAUGGACUAGACUGGAAUAACUCACAAUAUCAUAAAGUGGCUAAUGCAAUUAGGAAAUUUAAUUACAUCAAAAUACUAACUGCACUAUAAUAUCAUACAUUCACUUUCGCAAUAACUUACCCUUUAGCCUAUUGUCAAUAUCUGAGAAAAAUAAGUUUUCUUUCCACACUGAUUUAGUUUCUGCAGUUGAUAAUAUUGGUUCAUCUGUUUUUGUUUCCUUACUUUCUAAUUCUUCCUCAGAGUCUGAUGAGUCAUACACAAAUGGAUUUUUUUCACCAGGUUCUAAUGGAUUUUUCACUUUUUUUUCUUUCGAAGGUUUUAUUGGCACAUAAUUUGCAUUAUGCUCUGAAAGAAGUAAAAUACAGUUUAGAUAUAGUAGGUACUAACUAUAAUACAUUAAAAACAUCGUCAAUAUUGAACACUCCCAAUACUAUUAAAAUUUGGUUCAUCCAUUUGAUUGUUAAACAUAUAACAGUCUGGAGUGCUAAACCAAUAAAAAAUAAUAAUAGAUUUGAAAUUAAAUAAUACACACCUUUCUCAUCAGGUUCACUUGUACCAAAUAAACUCCUGAGACUGAAUGUCGAGGGUUGUGCAAUAGCUUCUUUCAGAGCAUCACUCACUUUAUAAAAUUGUUCUUUGGAAACCUCAACUUUAUUUUCCUCUUGUUCUUGUUGGUCUGUUUCUUUUAUUGAUUUUUCUGUCAUCUUUUUCUUUUUGGGUUUUUUCAAACUUUCUUGGUUCAUUUCCUCUUUUGGUGCCAAAUAUUUAGCAUGUUCUGGUUGUGAAGGAUCAAACCGUAGCAUGCCUAGUUUUGCUCUAAAAACAGGAAUUUAUAUAAAUUUUCCAUACUAAUGAUAUUGUGAAGAAAACAUGCCUGUCUGGGUCCACUUAGGUGAGCUUAGCAGGUGGACCACUGUGGUCACAACAAUCACACUCUACAUAAACAAAAUGCAUCUUACUUUAAUGCACCACUGUAUAUUAUCACCAAUGUAAAUUACUGUAUUUUUAUCGAAAAUAAAUGAUUAUGAUAUUGUAA